CAAAAAGUUUACAAAGUAGGUAUUCGGGGUUAUUAUCAAUCGAUAUUGAAUGUUGAUAUUUUGUGUUUACAAUAAUUUACGGCUGCGAAAAGUGAACAAUAGAAUUUAAUUCUCGAGAUAUGGACGAAGAAUUAGGUGGACUCACGGAAGAUGAUUUCUUACUGCCGCCUGUUAAAUACGAGUACUUGGACCAUACAGCCGACGUACAGUUACAUGCAUGGGGCGACACAUUGAAGGAAGCGUUUGAGCAGUGUGGUAUGGCUAUGUUUGCAUACAUGACAGAAAUGCCAUAUGUGCAGAUUCAAGAAGUGCACACAAUAGAAGCUAACGCAGAUGACUUGAUGGGCCUCCUGUACCACUUCCUCGAUGAACUGCUUUUCCUAUUCUCAGUCGAACCAUUCUUAAUUUGUAAGAAGCUAGUGAUAACAGAAUUUAACACAGAAGAAUUCAGAAUAGUCUGUAAGUGCUACGGAGAAGAGUUCCAACUUGGCAAGCAUCCACAGGGAACUGAAGUGAAAGCUAUCACCUACUCAGCCAUGCAAAUAAUUGAUGAACCUAAGGAUAAUAAGUAUGAAGUGUUUGUUAUUAUCGAUAUUUGAUAAAUUAUAUAUUUUGUUACAACA